AUGGAGAUGGAAUUAGCAAACAGUCAAAAAGAGAUUGACAGUUUGACCUCACAAUAUGGUGAUCUUGACCAGUUUGACCAAUUUACAUAUCCUUUAGAGCUUCAGAGUAUGAUAGAAAAUGUAGGUGGGGAAAGGAUAAAAGCCCAAAAGUUGAAGGUUAACAAGAUUCAGUUGUUAAUUGAUCAACACAAAGAUGUGCUGGAUAGAGCAAAGCAUGACUAUGAACAACUGAAGAAAACCGUUGACGAACUGCGGGCAUCUGAUCAGAAUGUCGAGUUGGUAAAAGAGUUGAAACUACGAAUAAAAAAGCUGGAAGGAGUCGUGGGUGAAUCCACCAAGGAUUCUGAUGUGUCUAAGAGGUAA